GGUGACCGUCUUCCGCCAGGAGGGGGACCUCACUUACCGCAUCCCUGCUCUGCUCUACCUGCCUCCGGAGUCCACCUUCCUGGCCUUUGCGGAGGAACGCUCUUUGCCCCGGGACGAAUUCGCCAAGUUCCUGGUGAUGCGACGUGGACGGAAAGAGGGCCUGUCCGUGAAGUGGGGACCCCUGGAAACUCUGGAGACCGCCAUCCUACCCAAAUACCGCACCAUGAACCCGUGUCCGGUGUACGACGCCAAGGAAGGCACCGUUUUCUUGUUCUUCAUCUGUGUUCUCGACCACAUCACAAACAGACAGCAGAUCCGGAGAAGCAAAAACGCGGCCAGGCUGGGCUGCAUCUUCAGCAAAGAUGGCGGACGCACCUGGAGCCCAAUGACGGACUUGACCCAAGAGGCGAUUGGAAAUGAUGUGAGCAACUGGGCCACGUUUGCUGUGGGACCCGGCCACGGGGUGCAGUUGAGCUCUGGGCGGCUGGUCGUCCCAGCCUACGCUUGCUACAUCCACGCACGUCUCUUUGGACACCCGCUCUUCUGUGGCACCAAGCCUCACUCCUUCACCUUCUACAGUGACGAUGGCGGGAAGACGUGGCUGAAGGGCCACCUUCUCCCGAAACCGCUGCAGGCGUCGGAGUGCCAGAUGGCUGAGUUGGUGGACCGGAAUAAUAGCCUGGUGUUAUACUGUAACGCCCGCAGCGGUGGCCCAUACCGACUUGAGCUCUUCAGCAAAGACGGGGGAUGCCGCUUCGAAGCGCCAACCCGAUCUCAGAAGCUGCAGGAAACACACAAUGGUUGCCAGGGUAGCGUGGUGAGUUUUCCUUCCCCACAACGGGGAUCGGAGUCUUCCUUGGCCUCCUCAAAAACCCCUGAAUCGUGGCUGGCCUUCUCCUAUCCCACCAACCGAAUGAAGCGUGCGGAUCUGGGCAUCUACUUGAACCCCCGUCCGUCGGAGGGAAAUUUCUGGAAGACCCCUUGGAUCUUGAACACGGGACCCAGUGGCUACUCGGAUCUGGCUGUUUGCACAGGGGAAGAUCCCCUCUUCUUCGGCUGUUUGUUCGAAUGUGGAGCGUCGACGCCCAACGAUGAGAUCGCCUUCCAGCUGUUCAGUGGUUGCAAAACUCCUAAAAAGAAUUAAUUCCCUCCAAGCCGGGCCACUUUUGGGAAAAGUGCAGAGAAGAGCAACUAAGACGAUUAAAGGGCUGAAGGCAAAAACAUAGGAAGGAGGGUUGGAGUAUUUGG